GAUACCGUAAAGACGUUUACUUUUGCUCUCCUUUAGUGAAUAUGCGUUACAGAUCGAGCAAGCUAGCAGGCGGCGUCUUUCCAUGCGGAAGAGGAUUCUAUGUACUGUAUACAUGUAGUUGUUUCCAAAGACUGUAUACCAUUUAUUUGCUUUUUUUUAGUUAAAAUGUGCAACGGCUGUGUGCAAAAAGAGUACCCCGAUCGGGGGAACACUUGUUUGGAGAAUGGUUCUUAUCUGAUGAACUACCUGGGCUGUGCCAAAUGCCAUCACAGGGACUUCGUGUUGAUCUGUAAUAAAGCUACGGAGGAUGAUGAUGGUGAGGAGAUAGUCACCUAUGACCAUAUUUGUAAAAACUGUGACCAUGUCAUCGCCAGACAUGAAUAUACAUUCUCUGUUGUUGAUGACUAUCAGGAGUACACAAUGCUUUGCUUGCUGUGUGGCAAAGCAGAGGACUCCAUCAGCGUGUUGCCAGAUGACCCCAGACAGAACGCCCCUCUCUUCUAGACCCCAUACACCAACCAAUGCUGCUGACUGCAACUUUUUUUUCCAUCCUUAACAUAAUCAUCACUUCUUGAGUAUUUUAAAGUAACAGUACACCCAGAGGUUUGGGUGACAGUGGUGACUGUAUGCACGCUUGAGCACCAGCAAGUUUGGGCAGGUAUGGCAUAUCUGAGAGAUAUGAGAGAUAGCGCUGUAUUAAACUACUGUCUAAUACCAUUAUAUACAUUAAUGUUUUUAACAUAUGGUAUGUACUGUAAAUAAACUUGACAUUUACACCUUCUUGCAUUUACAACAAAUAAAAAGUUACUAAA